CUUUGUAUGCGUCAUUGUCAAAGCAUGUGCCAGUACCUUGUGUUAUUCAGUUUUGGUUCUUUAGGACUUUGCAUUGAUUUGGAUCUUGGAGUGGGAAGUGGAACAAUUCAAGAUGGUCACAUAACUGCUUCUUCUAUAUAUGAUGCCAGCACACCUGCCAAGAAUGGUCGACUGAACUACACAUCAGGAUCAUCCUGGUGUGCAGGAAUGAGUGACACUACCCCAUAUCUGCAGAUUGAUCUACAGACACUUCAUGUCAUCUGUGCCGUUUCAACUCAAGGGAACUCUCAAGCAGAUCAGUGGGUGAAGAAAUACAUGCUGCGAUUAUCCACAAAUGGGACGACGUGGACAGACUACAAGGAGGGAGGAAAAGUUAAGGUUUUGAGAGGAAAUGAUGACAGGAACUCAGAAGUGAAGCAUGUUGUUUAUGGAGUGUUAACAAGAUAUCUGCGAUUUUUGCCAAAAACACACCAGGGUGAGGUGUGUAUGAGAACAGAGGUGUUUGGAGUAGAAAAAAUGUCAACUUGUAAUAUCAAGCCCAUUGGUUUAGCCAUUGGUGGUGAAAUUCCAGACAGCAGCUUUGCAGCCUCAUCAGAAUUUAAUUAUAAAUAUGUAGCUGAACAUGGUCCAUUGAAUAACAAUAAGUCAUGGGGACCCGUGGAUAAUAACAAUGCUGAUGACUUCCUACAAAUUGACCUAUUGUAUGAGUAUAUCAUCUGUGCUGUGGCUACUCAGGGAAACCCAAGAAUUGAUUCACCAGAAUGGACUACACAUUACAAGAUACGUUUAUCAUUUAAUGACACCACUUUUGACACCUACAAAGACAACAAUAAUGAUAAG